AUGGUGGCUCAGGAAAAAUCGGAUGUGAAGGGGGGAAUUUUGGCCGAUGAAAUGGGAAUGGGGAAAACAAUUCAAAUGAUUAGUCUGCUACUGGCUAACCGUCUCGUGGGCCCUACUUUGGUUGUGUGUCCUGUUAGUUCGAUGCUUCAGUGGGAAACUGAAAUAAAAGAACAUGUGGUGCAAGGUGCUUUGUUGGUCGUGGUGGUGGAUCGCAUUGUUCGUGCGAAAAAAGAUGAUUUGGAAAGUGCCGAUGUUGUUCUCACAACUUACCCUAUGCUGGAGCAAUCAUGGAGAGCUCUGGUGAACAAAACUAAAGCGAAAUGCCCUUAUUGUGAACAGUUUUUCCUACCACGUCAACUUGUCGUUCACAACCGAUACUUUUGUGGACCUCAAGCCAAGAAAACGGCCAAGCAACGAAAACGUGAAAAGGGGGAAAAUGGGGAAGUCUUCCCGUCCAACCGCAAGGUUCAGUCGAAGGAAACAAUCAAAAAGGGGCUUCGAACUCUGCGUGUUGACGUUGGUGAUAACGAGGAUGACGACAGCGAAAUUAAUGGGGAUGAAGACACAGGCGGGCGGGGCAUUGUUGGACCAAUUGGUAUGUAUCGGGAGCUCAUGAUAGAGGCUGGACGCAAAGUUAGGAGUCGAUGGGCUCCUGCCAAAAAUGAAAGUGAUAGUAGCGAGAGCAUAAGUAGUUCCGACUCAAGUAGUGCAACUUUUAACAGUACGACGUCAGUGGAUAUCGACGAAAAUAAGACGGAGCGUGAUGGUGAAGAAUCAUUUUCUGCUUUUCGGUGUCCUCAUUGUGAAUUCCAGUUUUUACGAUUUCCUUUUUGUCCCAAAACCGGACAGCAUCACGUGGUGACAGAAGAAAUGAAGCAAAUAAUUGAGACUGACAAUGGUGGUGAUGACGUUGACCUUUCUGAGUCUAUUUUUCAUUCUAUUAAAUGGAGUCGUAUCGUAUUGGAUGAGGCGCAUCGUAUUAAAGGGCGAAACACGAGUACCUCUAGAGCAGCCUUUGCUUUGGUGGGUGAGAAUCGGUGGUGUCUUACUGGAACCCCUCUGCAAAACCGUGUUGGCGAUGUUUACAGUCUCAUUCGAUUCCUCCGCAUGACACCAUAUGCAAGAUAUUACUGUGGUACUGAAGGGUGUUCGUGCUCAUCGUUUUCGCACCCGUUUUCCGGGACUAACUUGCGGAGGUGUAUAUUUUGUGGCCAUGGACCGGUUCAGCACUACGCUUAUUUCAACCGUCACAUACUGAACCCUAUAUUGCGUUAUGGAUACAUAGGAGACGGGCGCCGAGGAAUGAUGAUACUCGCAAAUGAUGUGCUUUAUAAAAGUAUGCUGCGCCGUACAAAGGCUGAGAGAGCGAAUGAUUUACAUCUUCCACCACUUACCACGGAGAUCGUCAAAUUACAGCUAACGGACGAAGAGCGGAACUUUUACGAAUCGCUAUACAAAAAGAGCACUGCCACGUUUGACAGCUUUGUUGAUAAGGGAACCGUUUUGCAUAACUACGCGCACAUUUUUCAGCUGCUGAGCCGUUUACGACAGGCGCUUGAUCAUCCGCUGAUUGUUGUUGAAUCAAUGAAUAUUGGGAAGGUUGUACAUCCAAAGGGACUCUGUGGCAUUUGCACUGAAGGUAGUGGUGAAAACUCCCUCCCGGUUAGUCCGUGUGGGCAUGUUUUUCAUCGCAUGUGCCUGGCACAGUUUGUGGAGAGUUCUCCAGAGAAGGAAUACCAUUGUCCUACCUGCUUUGUAACAAUUAGCAUCGAUUUACGCCAGUUGCGGUCGGAUUGGGGGGAGGAGGAGGCCAUGCCAGUGCUGCCUCCCGAGCUGGAAGAUGAAAUAAUCAACGAUGAACAACAGAAAAACUCGGUCGACGAUGACAAUGGUCGCACAGCUGCUUCGUCUACCACAGGAAAGGAUUCUCCCAAGAAACCCAAGCGUAUUCAAGGCAUCCUUGCCCGAAUCAACCCCUCCAAACCUCUCUAUGGAACCAAGCUCAAUGCUAUCACCGAAUACAUUUGUAACGUCCCAAAAGAAGAAAAAAUAAUCGUCUUUUCACAGUUUGGGGACAUGCUGGACCUUGUUCAGGUAUGGUUACAGAGGGCGCUUGUGAAAACGGUGAAGCUUACAGGUUCUCUUAUGCUUUCCCAGCGGCAAGCUGUCCUCAGAGCGUUCUUACAGGACCCAAAUGUUCGAGUUAUUCUCAUCUCGCUAAAGGCUGGUGGAGAAGGUCUAAAUCUACAGGUUGCCAACCACGUUGUCCUCGCAGACCCCUGGUGGAAUCCGGCAGUUGAGAUGCAGGCGGCACAACGGGCGCAUCGCAUUGGACAGACAAAGCCAGUGCAUGUAGUUCGGUUUGUUACGGAGAAGUCUGUGGAGGAGCGCAUGAUGGACUUACAGGCUAAAAAGAUGCUUGUCAUUGAAGGUACAAUUGAUGGACAGUUAAAUUCGCUUCAAAGCCUUAGUGAAGAUGAUCUUCAAUUCUUAUUCACAAGAUGA